UUCCGGUGCCGCUCGCUGGGAGGUGCCAAACGCAUGCGCAGAGCGGCGCGGGAGAGUUCCAGCUCGGGCGGGCUGAAGGGGGGGGGCUGCGGCUGGGAGAGACCAUGAGGGAUCGCACGCAGGAAUUCAGAGAGGAUGACGGGAGCUCAGACGAUGAGGAGGCCGAGCGGGUGGUCCUGGUCGUGAAGCCAGGAUCGGCCAAGUCCAAGGAUGAAGGGGAGCCGCCGGACGAGUUCUUCCAGACGGCCCGGGGGAUCCGUGAGGCGCUGAAGACCCUGGAGGGGAAGGUGAAGGAUCUGGAAAAGCAUCAGACCACGAUUCUGGCCACCCCGCUGCCGGAGGACAGCAUGAAGCGAGAUCUGCAGAGACUGCGUGAGGAGAUCAAGGGUCUGGCCAAAGACAUUCGGAGCCGCCUGAAAACCAUCGAACCCAAGAAGGGCGAGGAGGAUGAGAACAGAAACGCCAUCAACAUCCGGAUGAAGAGAACCCAGCACGGCAUCCUGUCCCAGCAGUUCCUGGAGCUGAUCAACAAGUGCAACACCAUCCAGUCGCAGUACCGGGACCGCAACGUGGAGCGAAUCCACCGCCAGCUGCAGAUCACCGGCGGCGGCGUGGUGUCGGACGAAGAGCUGGAGCAGAUGCUGGAGAGUGGCCAGACGGAGGUGUUUGUCUCUAACAUCAUGAAGGACACGCGUGUGACCAAGCAGGCGCUGAACGAGAUAGAGACCCGGCACGACGAGAUCCUCAAGCUGGAGCGCAGCAUCCAGGAGCUGCACGAGAUGUUCACCUACCUUGCCACCGAGGUGGAGCUGCAGGGGGAGAUGAUCGACCGGAUUGAGAAGAACAUCCUGGACUCACAGGAUUACGUCAAGAAGGGACACGUCCAUCUCAGCUCGGCCCGGGAGAGCCAGCAGAAAGCCCGCAAGAAGAAGUUCAUGAUCAUCAUCUGCCUCUCGGUCACCGUCGUCAUCGUUGUGAUUAUCAUCGGAGUGGCCAUCGCCACCGGCUAGACCUGUGUUCGGUUUCCACCCCCCUCUCCCCCUGCUGUGUGGCUGGGGCUUUCUGGUUUCGUGAGCACGGCCCUGUCUUCCAGCGGAACCACUGCCCCCUGCUGGGAGGUUUAUGCACUGAUGGCCGGAGCGAACGCCCAGUUUAAAUCCUGAUCUUUAAGCACAAGCCAGCCCCCUCCCGUCCAGAACGGUUUCUAUUGACUCCUCGCAUCUCUUGCCUUCGGGGUAGGGGUGAGAUCCGCCCUGAAGAGCCUCUGAUUUUCUGAGGUCUGUGAAUUUGUGGCAUUUUAGUCUGACGGUUCAUCCUCCAUGUCACUUCCUGUGGCUCUGUCCCUCCCCUUUGAGCCUCUUCCUGGUUUGGGCAGUGCCACUUGGCGUGGCGAAGCCCCUCACGCUAGCAUUAACUUCACGCAGUAAGCAAGUCAACUUCUUCUAAGCCCACCUCUACCUGGCCAAGCCCACUUCCUGUCUCAUUGCUCGUCCUGCCAGUAUCUACUUCCUGUUUUGGGAAAAUCGGCUUUGUGUGGGCCCCGCCUCUUGCUCUGUCUCUACUUCGUGUUAUGGUGACGCCAGUUCCUUUUUGUGCUCCGGCCCCUCCCCUCUGACGUCAACGUCCUGUCUCGGGCAGGCCUGCUCUCUGUGGUACGGUCCGUGUCCCGCCCCCCUCUCCAGCUGUGCCCACUUCCUGUCUCAUAUGGUGCCACUUCCUGUGUACCUGCUGCUCUCCCCAACUCCCCUCCUUAGGGUGGGGGACUCCAUGCCCAAGUGAGAGUAUUGGGGCGUCCCAUGCCCAUGGGUCGCUGUUUGCUGGUUGUGGGGGGCGGUGCCCUCCGGCCUCCCCUGCUCACAGUGCCCCAUCACUGCCUUAACAGGAGGUUCCCUCUAGGGGGCAGGGUGGGGUCGGUCUCUGUUCACACUGCCAGUGAGGUAAGUGCCAAGCCAGGACUCCUGGGUUCUAUCCCCAGCUCCGAGGGGAGGCCGACCUCCCCAUGUCUCUUGUGCCUUAACCCCCUGGGGCUCAGUAUUUAAUCAGGAUCCCAUUCAAAUCCCGCGUCCCCUCUCCGUUGACCCUCUCCAUCCCCCAGCCGACUGGCAGGAGGGGCGCCAUUCCACAUGGCCCACUGCCUGGCACCUAUGCUCUGCACCCCUCUGCCCCUGCUUCUCCCCCCCUCCCAUCAGCCCCUGCUCCACUGCUGUCCUUGGCGCCUCUCCUCCAUCACCCUCAGCCUUAGCACGGCCGUUCGCACUGCUUCCGUCGUACCAAGUGGUGGCCUCACCCCCAGGCCUUGGCUGCCCCCUCUCUUCCCUGGCCCACCCCACCCCUGAUCCGUGCGGAUGGGGGGUGUCAGCGGACCUAACCCCCCACAGCAAGCCAGAGAAAGGUCUCUGACCUCACUGCCCCUCCGCCAAGCCAAGCUGGGUCUGACUCACUGAGGCAUGAGCCAGAUUUUUGCUCUCCCUGUUAACCAGGCAGAGGAUCAGGACGCCUGGGUUCUUGCCCCAGCCUUUUGUUUUAAUUCUUAACCUCUACGCUGCAAUGUGGAGCGACAUUUCCCAGUUGCCGUGGCGAUUGAAUGUAACGUGGCCUGAGUUGUAUUUUGUAAUAAAAAGGAUAAAGAAAACACCUUUAAAAA